AUGCCAGUACUGCACCAUAGCACUGUGGACAAUAUCUUGCAAACUGGCAUCCAUUAUUGUCUAGUUUCUAAUUCGUUCAUCUGCAAUUCCCACUUCAGUAGCAACAGCAUCCUUUGCGUCAUUGCCGCAGCAUGCCUUUCAGGAAGGAAGAUAGGCUGCCACCUGCAAGACAGCAAGUGGUCUGACAUCAGUCUCAAGUUAAAGCAACUAUUCUUCGCCAUCGUGCAUACCGACCUUCCAAUACAUCAAUGGGGUGCAACAACGACCUGUAUGCCUGGUGCUCACAUUUGUUGUUCUCGCGGCAGUCAGUUUGGCUUCACCUUCUCCCAACCCUUCUUCAUCGGGACCUUCUUAGACUAUCUUACGCCUGCACUCGACCCUAAUGCUGGAUAUGGCCUGAUUGGUGCGAGCUUCUUGAUUUACUCGAGUAUCGCCACCUCAAUAGCCCUUACUUGCAACUAUAAUAACCGCCUGCGCCUCACGGUACGGUCGAUACUGGUCCCUUGGGUCCCCAUCAGGACCGAUAUGGCAUGUAUCGAAGCGGCGGAUAACAAUGCUGAGCUGACGCUGAUGAGCACCGACCUGGAAUGCAUCCGUACGGGCUUCAGGACUCUAUAUGAGCUGUGGGCCUCUCUGAUUCAGGUCGCACUGGCUACCUGA